UAGCGCGUUCAAACAAACAAACAAACUUUUCAGCUAUAAAUAUUAGUAUAGAUUAACAAAUGAGCAAAUACUUUCUAUACAAACUACAAACCAAAAAUAACUGAACACUUACAACGUUGUCGUACGAGCCUGAGAAAGGAUAUAUAUAGACUAUUUCUAACUGAAAGGAGGGUUGUAAUUGGGAUAUAACAGGAUUAUGUAUGCAGGGGCGCCGGUCGCCCUGGCUCCUAUAAUCGAACAGCACCUCAGUCAGGUGGAUACAUUGGCCAUGUAUUGUGUGUCAACGCUGUCAUGUGAGUACUAAUCCAUCGCUAGAACAUCGAGCCACCAGAGGGGAGCAGGGUGUGGAUCGGAAGCACGAGCCAGAAAAUUGAAUCAGGAAGUGCACACGCGCCGCCGGGCGCUGAUUGGAAAUGUAUCGAAUCUAUUAUCUGUUGAGAACAGACGCGACUUAUGGAACUAAAUUGCGGGCGAGCCGGCGAUGCGGUAUUCGCAAGCCGGGCCCUCUGGGAAGCAGACGUGUCUGUGUGCAUACUGUCACUUUAUAACUUCAUACUUGAGUGUCCCCAGCACCACAAUGCAGGACGACGAGGCAUCGUCAAGCGGCGCCAUCGCCUUCGCUCUUAUAUAUUUUACCUUUUUUCUGGAUAACGUCUUACUCACUGUAUUAGUUCCGAUAAUCCCGGACUGGGUCCGCGGCGAGUCGCUGGAGCUAUGGACGAAGCAGGACGGGCCGCUGGCCAGCAUGCUGAACCACACGGUGCAGCACAUCGCAGAUGAGGACGCAGGUAGCCAGGUGCGGCGGGCGCGCGAGCAGCGGGGCCGCGGCGCGUCGCAGGCGGUGGUGGGCGCGGUGCUGGGCGCGAAGGCGGCGGCGCAGCUGCUGGUGGCGCCGCUGGCGGGCGCGGCCGUGUGCCGCCGCGGGCCCGCGCCCGUGCUGCGCGCCGCCACGGCCACUCUCGCCUUCGCCGCCCUCGUGUUCGUGGUGUCGUGCGGCGGGCGCGGCUGGCGCGCGGCGCUGUGCGUGUCGCUGGGGCGCGCGGCGCAGGGCGCGGGCGCGGCGCUGGCGGGCGUGGCGGGGCUGGCGCUGGCCGCGCGCUCGCUGCCGCCGCCGCACGCCGACCGCGCCAUCGGGGCGCUGCUGGGCGCCGUCGCGCUCGGCGUGCUGGUGGGCUACCCGUUCGGCGGCGCCACGUCGGCGCUGUGGAGCCGCGGCGCGCCCUUCCUCGUCAUCGCCGCGGCGCUGCUCGCCGACCUCGGUGAGCUCUAUUCGGCUGGUGUGUGGUGUAGUAGCGUGUGUCGGCAGGGGAUCGGGCCGGCGAGCGGCGGCGGGGCGGGGGGCGCGGGGGCGCGCGCCCUGCUGGCCCUGGCGAGGCGCGGGUCCGUGGGCGCGUGCGCCGGCGCCGUGCUGCUCACCACUUGUGUCAUGGCGUCGCUGGAGCCCUGCUUGCCGCUCUGGAUCAUGCAUAAGUUCCAUCCACAGCGCUGGGUGACGGGCGCGGUGUUCAUCCCGGACAGCGCGGGCUACCUGCUGGCGGCAAGCCUGCUGGGCGGCGCGGCGCGGCGGCUGGGCGCCGAGCGCGUGGCGCUGGCGGGGCAGCUGUGCGUGGCGCUGGCGGCGCUGGGCGUGCCGCUGGCGCGCAGCGUGGCGGGGCUGGCGCUGCCGCACGCGGCGCUGGGCGCGGGGCUGGGCGCGGCCGACGCGGCGCUGGUGCCGGCGCUGCUGGCCCGCCAGCGGCCGCACGCGCCGCACGUGGCCGCGCUGCUGCAGGCCGCCUCCAGCGCGGCCUACGCGCUGGGCCCAGCGCUGGGCGGCCUGGUGGCCUGGUGGCUGGGCUUCGAGACGGCCAUGCGCGCGCUGGGCGUGCUCAACCUGCUGUACGCCGCGUACCUGUACCGAGCGCUGGCCGCGCACCCUCUGUCCGAGCAGUGGGGCGCCGGCAGCGUGGAGGAGGACAGCGACGCCGAGACGGAGGGCGCCCCGCUGGCCGCCGUCACCCCGCACUACGCCGCGCUGCAGUAGCCGGUUCGCCUACUACCUCCACUAGAGAUCAGUUACUACCCUGUUUUGGAAAAUUAUUCCGAUCUAAAAUACAUGAAUUGAAAUGAACUUA